UGUCAGAUAUCCGGAGGGGCGGGACUCUUGUUUUCGACUGACAGCAGACGCGUCCAAUGAAAAGUCUGAACAGGCGUCCUCAGCUGCCUGUGGGCCAAUCAGCUUCUUUUCACAGAGGACUCUGACAGAACGGAUACAAGAUGUCUAAACUGCCUCAGAGGAGUUUCUUUCAUUGAUUGUCCUCUGCUUGAGUUUUUAAGUGUUAAAGCGCAGAGUCCAGUUUCUCAUAAUUUAGACGAGAUUUGUGGACAUUUGUAACGAAUAACCUAAACGAAAAGUUUGUCUGUCUACGACCGUUAUCUCUCUCCGAGACGUUAGUGACGAUUUGUAUGUAUGUUGUCAUCACGUUACGUAGAGUAGACGUAAGCUAUGAUCUCACGGAAAGAACUGUAUUUACACUAAUCAGAGUGAUGAAGACUCCUCCAGACAGGUCAGGAAUCACUUUUGAGGUCGGAGCACAGCUGGAAGCCCGAGAUCGACACAAGAACUGGUACACAGCUACGAUUGAAAAAAUCGACUACGACAAAGAGCGGGUCCUGAUCCACUACCGCCAGUGGAGCCGUCGACACGAUGAAUGGUUUCAGUGGAACUCGCCGUACCUUCGCCCGCUGGAGCGAGUCAGUCUGAGGAGGCAGGGCCUGAAUCCACCAUGCUCACAACCAAUGUUUGUUUCAGGUACGAAGGUUCUGGCCUGUUGGACAGACUGUCGUUUCUACCCGGCCAAAAUCCUCAGGGUCAACAAAGACGACUCCUACACGGUGCGUUUCUAUGACGGCGUGGUUCGGACUGUGAAGCCCACCAAAGUCAAACCCUUCCAGGAAAGGUCCAGAUCUGAGAAGAGUGCAGUGGGAAGUGAGGGAUGGGAGGAAGGAGAGAGCGAGGAGGAGGAGGAGGAGCAGCAGGAGGAGGAGGAGCAGCAGCAGCAGGAGGAGGAGGAGGAGGGUGGUGGAGAGAGAGGGGAAGAGGAGAAGAAGGAAGAGGAGGCGGAGGAGAAGGUGACAUCAGAGGAGAAGGAGGGAGCUGUGGGGGAGGAGGAGGAGGAGAGGAAGAGAAAGGCAGAGGCUUCAUCCUCCCAUCCACCAGCAAAGAAGAAAACAGAUGACAGUAGAAACAGUGGAGCUGCUGACUCCGCCCAGCCAGCCACUCCUAACCCCGCCCACAUCGACAGAGACGUCCUGUUGGAGCGUCAGGCUCACCUGCCCACCACGCACAAAUUCAGCAGAGAGCCAUUGUACAGAGUGAUAAAGAACCAGCCUCCUCCAAUCCUCUCCAUCGAGUUGGACCACAACCCCUUCAAAUGUCCUGCAGCAGGCUGCACCAAGUCCUUCAGGAAGGCGAGUCUGCUACACUACCACAUCAAGUACUACCACUCCGACCAGCAGCUGGACGAGCAAGGCAGCGAGCAGGAGGCACCGAGGAGGAAGCGGUCGUCUUCUGAGGGAGGCGACUUCACGUCAGACAGGAAGAAUGAGAACCAGAAUAUCGCCUGUCACCAUGACGACAGAGAGCACAGCACCAUGGGAACAGAAGUGAAGAAGGACGGAGGGAGGGAAAAAACUGGAGGACAGAACAGAAAGGAAAGGAAGAACUUCCUGAGAAUCAAACUAAAGAAGAAGAAAAAGAAGAAGAAGAAGAAGAAAAGUCAGUCAGGACUCGGCAGCAGCGACGAUGAGAACUCAGACAGACCUCCAAUCACUCUGAAGCUGACCACUGGACUCCACAACACAAACACACAAGUUGACGACGGCAGCGACUGGUCGACGCUGACGGCAGAGAGCGGAGAGGAUGCGUCCUCUUGGCCUGUCGCUAUGGAGACGGAGGAGUGUGAGGUGGUGAGGUGUGUGUGCGAGGUGGACGAGGAGAACGACUUCAUGAUCCAGUGUGAGUCGUGUCUGUGUUGGCAACAUGGCACCUGUAUGGGGUUAUACGAAGACAACGUCCCACAUAACUACAUCUGCUACUACUGCAGACACACUGCAGGUUGGAGGCGGGCCCAGCGUUUCCUGUCGGAGCCUGAUUUGCUGAUCUCAGGUCACAUGUUUGGCCUUUCCUGCGUGAAGGAGAACUACUCGGAGAUCAACGCCUCCAAGAUCACGCACACCAGCCGCCUGCUGUCGCACACACACGGCCUCACUCAGGUCCUCAGUGGGCUGCAGCUUAAAAUCAGCCUGUUACACUCUCCGUCCCACCCCGAUCUGCAGCUGUGGAGGUUGCCGUGGAGACUGGAAGAUGGGCCAAGGUUGACGUCCAGCCCGAGAGGAGACCCGGCCAUCUGUUACGUCAGCAGCGAGCACUGCUACCAGAAGCCUGGGGGAUCAUGGGAAAAAGCAGAGGAGAGGGAGACAGUUGAAGUGAAGCAGGAACACGACACUGAGCAGAAGGAAAUAAAACUCGAAGACGUCAACAAGCCGGUGACCGACGCUACGACAGACGACAACAGAAACGCUGUGACGCACACAGACACACACAGCGGCACCGCCGUAAAAACGGAAAAGCACACACACGCAGACUGCGGGGAGCACACGCACACCCAGACGCACACACCUGAACCUCGUCCAGCGUCGGUGGCCGAGUGUCAGCUGAACCUGCUGGAGCACGUCGAGUCUCUUCACCACCAGAUCAGCGCCAGGAUGGACCUGAUAGAGCGAGAACUCGACGUGUUGGAGUCCUGGUUGGACCACUCGGGCGAGCUUGAGCCUCCCGACCCUUUGUCCCGCCUCCCACAGCUCAAGCAGCGAAUCAGGCGGCUGCUGCAUGACCUCUGCAUCGUGAGACGCCUGUCAGUCUGCCGCUGAUGCUUCCACUCCUUCAUCUCUGACCCCUGACCUUUGAUCCUGCAAGUCACUGCUAGCCAAUCGAAGCAAACGGACAGACAGACUGACAGACUGACUGGCUGACGAGGCUGGCACACGACUAAAUAGACUUGUCGAGAACGAGUCGAAGAGCGUGUCGCUCUGAGUCACAGGACAGCGCCCUCUCUGGUGAAGAAAAGGUGCACUGGAACAAGAGAGCGGAAAAGGGCGAUUAUUUUUUUAAAAAGUGACUGAACAGUUGAUUUUUGUAGUUAAAUUUCACAAAGGUACAAGAAACAUUUCCCAGACAACAGGACUCCAUGUUCAACAACAGUUGUUCAAGAACAUGCCAGGUUUGAUUAACAGUUGAUUUACAGUUACAGCUGAGUUUAGACUGAACUUAAUACAUUAGCAGCUCUCCAGGCUAACAAACUUACUAUUUUGUGUGAAAUGUAAAUUGCUUACAAACAAACCUGAAGGACUUAGAUAGUUUUUCAAAGACCCAAUGCUUUUAUUAGUUGGAUAUUUCUCAGAUUUUGUGACAUUAACACUACCUGAGAAUGUUUUUUAGGGAUUAUUAUUCUUUUUAAGUAAAACAGAGAAGGUCUGGUUAUAGCAGAAAGUUUUCAUUUAUGCAUCUUCGGAAAAUAUUUGGUUGUAAAAGCUUAGUGACGACUAACACACCGGCUGUAUCAGCACUACUUACUCACCUGUAGCAUAUGUUUUUUUUUUUUUUUUUUUUUUACAGGAUUUUACAUCAUUUCAUUGAGUAAAGAGUUCAUAAAUAGCUAAAAAUAGCUUUGCUAACUAUAAGUGUAACGAUUCUGAAAACAAAACCGGGAUACAAACAUCCACAAUCGCGUAUUGCGAUACCGGAAGACAAAGGUGCUAUAUGAGAUUGUGGAAAUAUUAAUACCUUCAACUGCGUGUCAUGUGACUGUCUUGGUCCAAUCAUGAUCAAAUAAUGCCACCUGCGGUAAAAGUUAGGCUAGUUUCAUUAGCUUACGAUGGAAUAACCCAGAGAUUUCCGACACCCCCAGGCACAUUCCGGUCAGCAGUGUGGGAACGUUAUUAUUACAAAAAUCAAAGCGAACCAUGGAUUCUGAGAAUCGUUACACGGCUAUUGCUGUUAACUAGUAUCAGCUGUCAGUUAACAAGCUAGUUAGCUCAGAUGCUAACGUGACAAUAACUUCACAUAGUGCAUUUUAAAAGACAUUUUUGUAGCAUGGAUGUGUUCUCCUAAAGGCUCCUGUUACUUCUGCGUUGAAUCGACGCUGUUGGUACACCGUAGCCUGACGUGAACCUCCCUAGAAAUGUAGCUACAUGUUGCUGCGACGCAGACCACAACAGCUGUGAUUGGUCGGCUCGUAUUUAACUCUCAGUGGCAGGAGGAGCUCAGAAAACUCCCCCUUCCUCUGCUGCAGUCAGUCCAGUGGUCGUACACGAAGUACAUAAAGAUACGCGACACAGUGGCGUAUAAACUCCAUCGCCACCAAAUGUUUUGGUGGUGUAAUUGCAGACACACAAGUAUAAGUGCUCACAAUAUCGUAUCCUCUGUGUCAAUCCUAUGUUGUUUGCCCAUUUUAAAUUAAAUUAACCAACAAAAUCUUCCUCCGUUGUGACACAAAAACCAUUUUCAAAAUGUAAAUAUGUGUAAUUGAAUGUUUUAUACUCUUAUACAAAAGCUCACUGUAUAAAGCUGCAGAUUUAUUUUGAUAGAAAGAUGGGUUAUGAAUCUACAAUGGAGUAUUGGGGGAAGAUAUUUUGAGAAAACGUUGUCAUUUCCAGAAAAAAGUCAAAAUAUCACAAAAGAAAUAAAAAGUGAUUCAUUAUUGAUGUGAAAUUCUCAAAAUAUUACAAAUUAUUCUUUAAAAUGUGAUUUAUGUCUGGAAGUAUACAAACUUUUUUCUCAAAAUGACGACUUUGUUCUCAAAAUCUGUGUUUUUUCCUCUAACAGUGACUCUCAUGCUUUCACAUACAUUUUGCUGAGUAACUGAUGUGUUUUCAGUUCCUGACAGUGUUUGGUAGAGGAACACGCAGCUUCUGGUGCUUCUCUUUAAUUAUUGUGCAACUACAUCUGUUUUUCAUUUUGAUGCUGUUUGAUCACCAGUUCAGUUUAGUUCCGUUUGUUUGGAUGGUCCUCGUCCACUUGGACAAAGUUCACCUCCAAACUGAUAAAUCCACCUGAACGCAAACACGAUUUAGUCAUUGUUUUGUCCGAGUUGACGAGGACCAGCCCCCAAAGUUCACACACAUCAGCUUCAAAGUCAUAAGUAAAAGUUUUCUUUUUUAUUUUCAUACUCUGAUUAAAGCAUGAAGAUUUUUUUUUUCUGAGGAAUUCAAACUUUUAUUAAAAUGAUAAAAUUCCA